GGGCGACUUCCCCCGUACAAUGAGCCAUGUUUCCCAAAGGCAAGAGCUCCGUCGUACCGUCGGAUGGUCAAGCUCGAGAAAAGUUAGCUCUUUAUGUGUAUGAAUAUUUGUUGCACAUUGGAGCACAGAAGUCUGCACAGACGUUUCUGUCAGAGAUCCGAUGGGAAAAGAACAUCACGCUUGGUGAGCCUCCAGGAUUUCUGCAUUCUUGGUGGUGCGUUUUUUGGGACCUGUAUUGCGCCGCGCCGGAGAGAAGGGAUUCGUGUGAGCAUUCGAGUGAAGCAAAGGCCUUUCAUGAUUAUAGUGCAGCCGCAGCUCCCAGUCCUGUACUGGGUAACAUGCCCCCUGGUGAAGGCAUGCCGGGGGGACCCAUGCCCCCGGGAUUCUUCCAGCCUUUCAUGUCACCUCGUUUUGGUGGAGGCCCAAGACCCCCGAUCAGAAUGGGGAACCAGCCUCCAGGAGGUAUGCCAGCUAGCCAGCCCAUGCUCCCUAACAUGGAUCCAAGGCUACAAGGGCCAAUGCAGAGAAUGAGUGUUCCUCGUGGAAUGGGGCCAAUGGGUCCAGGACCACAGAAUUUUGGCGGUGGGAUGAGGCCUCCACACAACUCAAUGGGCCCGGGCAUGCCAGGAGUGAACAUGGGCCCAGGAAAUGGCAGACCACCGUGGCCCAAUCCAAACACUAACAAUAUGCCAUACUCAUCGCCCUCUCCUGGUACAUAUGGAGGCCCACAGUCAGGAGGCGCUCCAGGAACUCCAGGAAUUGUGCCCAGUCCUGCAGACUCUAAUAACUCCAGUGAGAACCUCUACACCAUGAUGAACUCUGGUGGUGGAAAUCGUACAAGUUUCCCCAUUGGUCCUGGUUCUGAAGGCCCACUGGGUGCGAUGGCAGGAAUGGACCCUCUUCACAUGAAUGGAGGCUCUGGAGAUUUGGAUGGACUCCCCAAGAAUUCGCCCAACAAUUUGAGUGGCAUGAGCAAUCCGCCUGGAACCCCGCGGGAUGAUGAAGUGGGAGGUGGUUACCUUCACUCCUUUCAGAGUGAGAAUCAGUACUCUCCUUCUAUGACAAUGAGUGUGUGAAGCAUCUCCCUCACUUUUUGUUUGGAAAUAUAAAGUUGGCCAUUUAUUUUCAAGACAAACUUGAGGACAUAAACAGGACUGACCUACGUGCGACUGCCUUUGGGCCUUACCCCCUGUUCUCAUGCAAU